AUGUCUAAAAGCAAAAAUAUCGACUCUUCAUCUUUAUCUAAUAACACCGGAAAGGAAAACAUUUCAAGCGAUGCUACAGCUUUUGUACCUACUAAUCCAUCCUCCAAUAUUACAUCCGCUGUUAUCCCUAUUGUUACUCAAGAUCAGGCAAAACAGAGUCGGAAAAUAAGGAAAUUAUUAUUGGAUAACAAGAAGUGUAAUUUACAUGGAUGUCCAUCAGAUUCUGUCAAUACUAAUGUCACAACCGAUGAUUCGAUAGUAAUUCCGUCUGUUUCACGUAUUGUUACAAAAGACGUAUCGGUUUUAUCAGAAGAUAACAGCCGAUUAAGGGAAUUAAUUUUGGAUAAUAAAAGAUCUCUUACGAGACCCAUCAUAUCAGACACCAAUAUAAAUUUACCGACUUCUUAUCCAUCGAAGUCAACUCCAAAUGUCAUCGCUAAUGUUACAGCAACCCGACCAUUCAGGCCACGAACUAAUAUUCCCAUUGUUAGUCAAGAUCAGGCAAAACAGAGUCGGAAAAUAAGGAAAUUAUUAUUGGAUAACAAGAGGUGUAACUUACACGGAUGUCCAUCAGAAUCUGUCACUAAUAAUGCCACAACCAAUGAUUCGAUAACAACUCCUGGUACGCGCAUUGUUACAAAAGACUUAUCGGUUUUAUCAGAAGAUAACAGCCGAUUAAGGGAAGUUAUUUUGGAUAAUAAAAGAUCUGAUACGAGACACAUCAUAUCAUACACCAAUAUAAAUUUACCGACUUCUUCUCCAACCGAGUCAACUCCAAAUGUCAUCGCUAAUGUUACAGCAACCACACCAUUGAUGCCAACAAGUAAUGUUAGUUGUAUUACUAACAAUGUCACUCAACCAACAAACUGUACUCCGGGUCAUAUUUCUUUUAACCUGACAUCAUUCACCGGCACCUCCAGUAUGCUUCGAAAUACACCUUUGGAAAGGUUGUCAUCCGGAAAACGAAAGUUAAUUAGCACACCACGAAUUACAUCUCCAAUACCAAUUAUGGAUUUCAAUACAGAGGAAAUCGUAGAUCAAGAUCCGUUCAAGGGUCUUUCAAAAGAUUAUUUGGAUCAUGGUGACCAAUGCGUUACCUGUGAAGUAUGUAAUGCAAAGUUAUGGGAUGCAGAAAAAGGAAGAGGAAGAGGAAGAAGAAAGGAUGGGAAAAUGUGUUAUUUCUUAUGUUGUUCUUACGGCAUAGUAGAGCUUCCAGAUUACAAAGAUGCCAGAGGAAGUUAUCGGAUCCUAUUUAGUAACAAAAAUAAGGAAAGCAAGCACUUUUUGAAAAAUAUUCGCCGUUACAAUUCCAUGUUCGCAUUUACUUCAAUGGGUGGUAAGGUUGACUCAACGGUUAAUAGAGGCAAUGCUCCUUUUUGCUUUAGAAUUAGUGGAGAAAAUUACCAUACAAUUGGAAGUCUUAUGCCAAACAACGGAGCGCAACCAAAAUUUUGCCAACUAUACAUAUACGAUACUGAGAACGAACUUUCAAACAGGCAAGCGAUAUUUAGUCGUUCAGAGGAUGCAUCGUCUUCUUAUUCUGCUACUCUUGAUCGUAAGUUAAUAGAACAUAUAAAAGAUGUUUUAGAUAACGACAAUGAGAUGGUCAAAACUUACAGAAGAGCUAGGGAUUCUUUUCAAGAUAGCCCUCAUGUAAAUUUGAAGCUUCGCCUAAUCGGAACAAGAGAAAAAGAUGGUCGGACGUAUAACUUACCAACGGCGGGUGAGAUUGCCGCUCUCAUUAUUGGAGAUAUUGAAAAUGUAAUUGACAGUAGAGAUAUUGUUGUUGAGACUCAAACUGGUACAGUGAAAAGAAUUAGUGAGUUGCACCCGUCAUAUCUCGCACUACAGUAUCCGAUUUUGUUUCCGUACGGAGACGAUAGCUACAGAAUUGAUAUCCCUCACAGAGGUGUCAUUGAUGUUGUUAAUAAGAAACGUCCAAAUUGUACUAUGAGAGAGUUCUUUGCUUAUCGUAUGCAGGAUCGGAUAAAUCAGUUUUCGUUAAUCUUGAAUUCUAAGAGGCUAUUCCAGCAGUUCUUGGUUGAUGCUUAUACUAUGAUAGAGAGCGAGAGACUUAGCUAUAUACGAUAUCAACAGAAAGAUCUUAGGUCUGACACAUAUGAAAGCCUCCGUAAAUUAAAAACACACGAUCAAGAUGAUAUAUCUAAGGCUGGAAAACGUAUCUUCUUGCCAUCUUCCUUUACUGGUGGAGCACGAUAUAUGAUGCAAAACUAUUUAGACGCUAUGGCUCUGUGUAAAUGCUUUGGUUAUCCGGAUUUUUUUAUAACCAUAACAUGCAAUCCCAAAUGGCCAGAAGUUCAACGCUUUCUCAAAGACACCAAUCUCAGUCCGGAAGAUAGGCCUGAUAUCCUUUCCAGAUUGUUCAAAAUUAAGCUUGAUUCAAUUUGCAAAGAUUUAAAAAAGAAUCAUCUAUUUGGCAAAGCUUCAGCAGUUGUUUACACAAUCGAGUUUCAAAAACGUGGUUUGCCUCAUGCCCAUUUAUGCUUAUUCAUGGAGCCUGAAUCGAAAUUACCUACGGUGGACCAUGUUGAUGCAUUUAUAUGCGUAGAAAUACCAGACAGAAAUCAAGAUCCAGAAUUAUACAUGCUUGUGAAAGAAUAUAUGAUACACGGUCCAUGUGGUAAUGCUAGGUUGAGCUCUCCAUGUAUGGUUGAUAGGAAGUAUUCAAAAGGCUUUCCCAAAGACUUUCAAGAUCAUACUACACUAGAUUCAAACGGGUUUCCAUUAUACAGAAGGAGAAACAAUGGCUCUUUUGUUGCCGCUUCGAUAAAGUAUCUGUUGAAAUACAUUAAUAAAGGGCCUGAUAGAGCCACUAUAGCUGUUGUGCAAAGCGAUAAUCAAUCUGAAGAACAAGUACAAGACGAGAUAAAAGAGUAUUACGAUUGUUGGUAUAUAUUAGCUUGCGAAGCAUCUUGGAGGAUAUUUGCCAAUGAAGUACAUUAUAGAAGACCUUCUGUUAUGAGGCUUCCGUUCCAUCUACCUGGCCAACAACCUGUUGUUUUCGUCCCUGACGAGGAUAUUAACUAUGUUCUAAACAAACCAUCUGUUAAAUCUUCAAUGUUUCUCUCAUGGAUGGAACGUAAUAAAGACCCAAAUGACACGUUGGCCUGUACACUUACAUAUGUUCAGUUCCCCAAUUUUUAUGUUUGGAAGCUUGAUAAGCGAGUCUGGGAACCUAGACAAAGGAAAACAGCAAUUGGCAAGAUUCAUUCCGUCCCUCCGUCACUAGGUGAAGCUUAUUUUUUGAGAAUUCUGCUUAACAAGGUCAGAGGACCAACAUCGUUUGAUGACAUUAAAACAGUUAAUGGUCAUGUUUACCAUACAUAUAGAGAUGCUUGCUACGUGCUCGGUCUUUUGGAUGACGACUCCGAGUAUGUGGAGGCAAUAAAGGAAGCAAGUUUAUCAGGAAGCGCUUCAUAUAUUCGUAAUUUAUUUUGUACCAUGCUGUUAUCCAGUAGUCUUUCUAGACCUGAGGUUGUUUGGGAAAGUUCAUGGAAAUACAUGACAGACGAUUUUUUAUAUAGACUUCAGAAAUACCAUCGAGUUACAGCGUUAUCAAUUCCGGAGCACCAACUGAAAAACUAUGCUUUGUGCGAGAUUGAGAAGUUUUUACUGCGAAAUAAUUCAUCCUUGCGAAGAUUUCAAACAAUGCCAUUUCCAGAUAUGUCGUCUUCAGGUAGUUCAGAUAGUCGUUUGAUAUACGAGGAGCGGGCCUAUGAUAUAACACAUCUUGGAAAUCUUUACGAUAGUCAGUUGACAAUGUUAACUGAUGAACAACGCUCUGUGUUUGAAGAAAUUAUGGCAGCAGUUAACGGUGAUAACGGUGGGAUUUUUUUCCUUUACGGCUAUGGUGGAACAGGUAAAACAUUUCUAUGGAAGACAUUGUCCGCUGCAAUCAGAUCAAAAGGUCAAAUCGUCUUAAAUGUGGCUUCAAGUGGAAUUGCAUCGUUGUUGUUAGAUGGUGGCAGGACUGCACAUUCCAGGUUUCACAUACCUUUGAAUCUUACUGAAGACUCUGUAUGUAAUAUAAAACCAGAAAGUGACGUGUCUAAAUUACUGCAUGAGACGAAAUUAAUAAUUUGGGAUGAAGCACCUAUGGUACACAAACAUGCAUUCGAAGCGCUGGAUAGAACAAUGAAUGACGUUUUCAACAUCCACCCAUCUCUCAAUUCAGACAUCCGGUUUGGAGGUAAGGUAAUUGUUUUUGGUGGCGAUUUUAGACAAAUAUUACCUGUCGUUCCAAACGGUAGAAGACAAGAGAUUGUUAAUGCCUCCUUAUGUUCGUCUUACUUGUGGAGUAAAUGUAAAUUGCUAAGAUUAACAAGAAACAUGAGGUUAACCGUUGGAAGGUCGACGGUAGAUAUUGAAGAAAUAAACAGUUUUGCCAAAUGGCUUUUGGAUUUGGGUGAGGGUAAUGUUGGUAGUCCAAAUGAUGGGGAAGCAACUAUUCAAAUACCACAAGAUCUUCUGAUUACUGAUGAAGCUGACCCAAUUGCAAGUUUAAUUGAUUUUGUUUAUCCAUCAAUCUUGCAAAACAGCAACAACCAUAAUUAUUCCAGUGAGCGCGCUAUACUUGCACCGAAGAAUGAUGUUGUGCAUGAGAUUAAUGACAUGUUGCUAUCAAUGUUUCCUGGUGAAGAAAGAGAGUAUCUUAGCUCUGACAGUCUUUGUUCGACUGAAGAUGUAAAUGCUAUACAACAAAGAAUAUACUCUCCGGAUGUGCUCAAUGGUCUUAAAAUAUCAGGCUUACCAAAUCAUAGGUUGGUGCUAAAAGUUGGUGUUCCAGUAAUGUUAUUACGAAAUAUUGACCAACGGAAUGGUUUGUGCAACGGUACAAGGCUACAAGUAAAAAAGUUGUACAACCGUUUAAUAGAAGCCGAGAUAAUAUCUGGUGCAAAUAUUGGUACUUCUACAUAUAUACCUCGAAUUAAUUUGAUUCCUUCUGAUAAAAAGAUUCCUUUUGCUUUUCAAAGGAGGCAAUUUCCAUUUUCCGUAUGUUUUGCAAUGACAAUAAACAAAAGUCAAGGCCAGUCGCUUUCGAGAGUUGGUUUGUACCUGAAACAACCCGUCUUCUCUCAUGGUCAAUUGUAUGUUGCUUUGUCAAGGGUGAAAACAAGAGAUGGGGUCAAACUACUCAUACUUGACAACAAUGGAAAACCGACAGAUAAAACAAGUAAUAUUGUUUAUAAAGAGAUUUUCAAUGAAUUGUAA